CAUAUUGGUGAUCUGUCAUAAUAGAACAUCAACACCCAUCAAAUUAAUUUUAUAAAAAUGGAUUGUUUGAAAAACAAUAAUUAUAAAAAACAAUGACAAGUUAAAUAAUGAGUUCAAUAAAUUAUUUACUGAAGAAAAAACUUUUUAAGUUUUAAAUUUAGAAUAAAAUAAUUUAAACUCAAACAUAAUGGCACCUCCACCAGUAAUAACGGGUAUUUCGCCAAAAGAAGGUCCCCCGGGUACGAGAGUGACAUUAAGAGGUGAAUUUUUAGGUACUAAAGCUCAGGAUCUUAUUGGUCUGACUAUAUGCGGAUGUGACUGUUUAUUAUCAGCGGAAUGGAAAUCUCAAAAUAAAAUAAUAGCCAGAUCAGGACCAUGUAAAGGACGAGGUGAUAUAAUAGUAACAACUCGCAGCGGUGGACAAGGAACAUCGACGGUACAAUUUCGUGGUUAUCAUGAGACAAUAGGACCAAUGAAAGAAUCGGCAGUUUGGGUCGAAGAAGCUCCAGUACAAAACUUCGUCUGGGGUAGACGUGCGCUAUCACCAACCAACUAUCAGCAGGAAGAUCCAUUGGGGCUGAGCGUUGAGGGCAACGACAACAAAAAGUUUCCCGAAGAUGAACUAUGUGAGUUGUUCGGAGACAGUAAUGGUGAGUUGACAAGCGAUAAAUUCCAUCCCGGUUGGUUUUUACUUCAGCACCACCACGCGACCACGCUGGACGAUUUGAAAGCUGGACUUGCUUACUUGAGACGGAAAGUUAAUUCCCAAAAAGAAGGACAGUUGUCAUUUUUAAAGGCGAAUGUUGGUGCUGUGAUGGAACAACUCGAGACGAUUGUUUUGUUGAAAGAACAAUUUGAGCUGGAUGUCAAAAAAUUCGGUAAUGACCCAACAGCUAAACUGGAACAAGCGAUUCGCACGUCGAUGUCUGAAGCAAAUAAACUGUUCGACGAUGUUCUAGCCCGUAGAGAUCGUGCUGAUGCUACCCGAAGUGCCUUAUCAAUAAUGCAGCGUUACAAAUUUUUGUUCUGCAUGCCAAUAAAUAUUGAGAAAAACAUAAAGCGUGGCAAUUAUGACCUCGUCAUCAACGACUACGCGCGUGUUAAAAAUUUAUUUGGCAACACAGAUGUUGAAAUAUUUAAGAAGGUGUUUGUCGAAAUUGAAAAUAAAAUACAAGAGCUCCGGGAGAUAUUGCGUAAGAAAUUAGAGGAAACACCAUUUGACGUUGAGACGCAGAAAAAAAUAAUAAGAAACCUGGUUAACUUGGAAGCUGAUGGAGAUCCAGCGUGGGAUGCAAUAGCUGCUCACGGUUCUUAUUUAGAUAAAAACAUAACCAGCUGUCUCAGCGAUUACUUUGGAUCCGAGGGUGCUUCUGGUGACGAUCCAAGCAAUAAAACGAGUAGUAAAUCUAAUAAUGUAACUCCAAUAGCGGACCGUCAUAAAUUAUACCGCAUGGAUGCAAACGCUAAUGUACCGGCUCGGGUACUCUGCAUCGAAGCGAUUUGUGACGUGGUCACCGAACAGCUUCCAGAUCUUUGGCGACUAGGCCAGAGUUAUUUUUCGGGACAAUUGCACGUCGCUGUUGAUACUAAUAAGCAGAGUGCUUUCAAAAACUUGGUACUGUCGUGCAUCCAACAUGCCAGCGAAGCUAUGAGAGAAUGCUACGGUUCAAACAUGACUCCAGCUUGGUUGCUGCACAGUUUACGUUGUAUCCGACACAUGUAUACUGCACUGAUCCAUCUAGAUUUACCAAGUGACGCUUUGGAUAUUUUUGGUAAAUUUUUAUUUGAUUUAAGACUUCAAUGCUUAGUAGCAUUAUUCAAACAAACUGCCGAAAAUAUCAGCGGAUUACAGUCAAAAGAAGCAUGGCAACUGGAAUACUUGGAUAAUUUAGACGGUGGGAUCACUAAAUUACCAGGUUUGUUUGAACAAAUGAUUAUGGAAGUCGCUGAGCUAGCACGGGAAACCGCAAUUGCUUGUGGGCUGCGUGAAGCACCAUUGCUGGAGUCACCAAAAUCUCAAGCGUUGUACCAUAACGCGGUGAGAAGUCUUUUCAUUGCUUUUGCUAAAUGCCUGAAACAACUGGCAUUCAGCGGCAGUGAAGAAGCCGGCGAUGAAGAUGAUCCCUCGGUGUCUCAGCUAGUUGGUUCACCAGCUUGCUAUCGCAUACGUGACAAUAAACGCCGUGUUGAAACAGCAACACCUACAUGGGAAAAAUGUUUGCUGAUAUCCUUAAGUAACAUACGUUAUACACUGAAUAAUAUUUUACCAAAAGUUGUGAGUGCGUUGAGAGCACGCGGUUAUCCGGACUUGUCAUUAGCUGAUGGAUGGUCAGAUGAUUGGACGCAGCUUGAGUCUUUGGACACUGCGGUGCUUGAAGCUUAUCUUGAGAGACGCUGUGAUCCUCUUGUUGGUACCAUCGAACCUAGUAUGUAUCUAGGUGGCUUAGAAUGGGAUUCGGAGAUAGAACCCACACACAUACGUCCUUACGCUCAAGAAAUAAUAGCUAAUCUUAUCGCUGUUCAUGCUGAGGUAACUCGCGUCUCACCUUGUCUUCUUAAACGUGUCUUGUCGCAUAUCGUUGAAACAAUUGCUGAAGAACUAGCACGGCUGAUGUCGUGUGUCAGGAAAUUUGGGACCAAAGGAGUCAUUCAAGCACGCAUGGAUAUUCAUUUAUUGAGAGAUACUUUGGAUAUUUAUUGUACUACUCGUGCAAGGAAUUUUUUCGAAGAAGCAUUGGAUGCUAUCGCAUUGCCAAAUAACGACGAGAUUGAUGUUACUAAGGUAGAAACACUUUUAAAUAAAGUCAAGUCAUCAAUGCAACUUCAGAUUCGUUGUUUAGCUGAAAGACCCAAGUCUCCAGACAUUUCACGUCAUAAUUCCAGUCGAAUCACUACUGUUAUGUAAUGAAAUUAUUAAAAUAAUAAAAAGAUAUAAAUAUAAUUAUCACAAAUAUUUAAUUAUAAAUUGACGUGUAUUUUUUAUAUCAAUUAUUUUUCUUAUCCACGGAUUUAUUUUCAACAACGGAUGGAUUCAAGUCUUCGGAUAUAGUCACAGUGUCUCGACGGUUCUUGUCAACUGGGUACAACCUAAUAAUAUAAUAAUCGUGAGUUAGAAAUAAAAUAUUAAAUUAUAUUAUUAAUCAGUAAUUAUUUUAGAUAAUAAAUUUACCAUCUUUGAUAUAAAUAAAUGAGGAAAAUAAUAUCAUCUCGAAAGCAAGCAACUCUGUGAGCAACUGGCAUUGUUAUUAUAAAUGCAAAUACAUCGUCAAUAAAUGUAUUGAAUGCUUUGUACAUAAAUGCUCGCCAUGGUAAAUGAGCAACUGAUUUGAGCUUGUAGUUGACAAAUAAUUGAGGAAGCAU